UUUGUUUGUUUGGGAGUGAAGAAAGUAAGAGGAAAGAAUGAGGUAGUUUCGUGGGAGAAGUGAGAAGAACUGCUUCCUCAGCUUUCUUUUAUGAGAGAUAGGGUUGUGAGGGAACUGAGAAAAAGUGUGAGAAUGGAUCAUAAACAUACUCACGUCCACACCACUCCCCUUGCCUUCGCACUCACCGUUUCUUGCUUCCUCUGCAUCGCUUUGCCACGUUCCCACUCUCAACCAUCGCCACCGCUUUGUGAUGAGCAGUCAUACAUGUGCACCAUAAAGGUUUCCGGCAUCUUGGAUCCUGUCUGGAAACAGAUUCCUCCCUCUCAGUGUAUCGGCGCCGACCCAUCACCCCAGCUCAGCUGCUCUGCUCCUUAUGAAUCUCAAAAUUUCACACUGAAGAAGGUCAACCACACCACUCACACCAUGACGGUUGUGCCAACACACACUGUCAACGAUGUUUGUUCAACUGAUUUUGUUUACAUUUACGACAACUUGAACAACAGUCUGUUACAACAUUACGAGUCAGUGCACAACGUCAUCGUAUUCUUGGAUGAUUGUCCUUUCUACAUCUCAAAUUUCACUUUACGCCAAGUAAAUUGCAGGGAUGCUGCGUUCUAUUUUGGGGAGGAGAAUGAGAUGUUGCACAAAGUACUCGAAUCGCUUAAGGAUUAUUGCAAGAGAUGGUUGCUGGUGCCCAUUGCCGCUCCUCUUGAUGAUUAUGAUCAUAAAGGUGAUGGAGCUGAAGUUCUGAAAGAAGCUCUGAGGGAUGGGUUUCAGCUCUACUAUAGUCCUCCUCAACACUGUAGAGGAUGCAACCAAAUUAACGGAAAUUGCUGGAGCGGUGGUUAUGAGGGACAUGUAGUUUCAUGCAACUACUAUUGCCCAAAUCAAUACUGUUCUUCCAAAAGGAGUGGGGGAAUAAUUUGGAAAGCGAAAAUCAUUAUAGGUCUUGCAAGUGCAACAAUGGCAGUAUUCAUGAUAUGCCUCAUAAUAGGUUGUAGAAAACGUAUCUCAUCAAUAAGAAAGACAAAUUUUCAGAUUACUAAUGAGCAAGAUAUUGAAGUAUUUUUAAAAGAUCAUGGAACUCUAGCACAAAAGAAAUACAGAUUUUCAGAAGUCAAGAAAAUGACCAACAACUUCACAGUUAAACUGGGUGAAGAUUCCUGUGAUGCUUCUAUUCCUUUCAUGUUUUGUUUCCCCAUUUCCCUCUUUUGG